ACUUAUUUGUGAGUCCCUGUCACUGUUAGAACUUAGUGUUUUGUUUUGUUUUUGUUUUUGUUUUUUGUCCCCCACGGCUGGGCACCAGAACCUUCUCUCAGGCAUCCGGUGAGAGCUGCAUGCACAAGGGGCUAGGUGCAAACAUGGACCUCAGUGACAGCUGGGCUUUGGAGGAAGGAAGCUGGCCGUCACAUCCUGGGGCUCACCGUUUUCCCAACACCAGAGGGGACAGUGAUUUUGUGGACGCCACUCCCGCGCCUUUUAGCCCGGAGGAUUUGGCUCCUCCCCCUGCCUGCUACAGCCCCAGCAGUCUUGUGCAGAUCGUAGAAGACCCCACCUACUUCUACCCUGACUUGCAGCUCUAUUCUGGGAGGCAUGAGGCACCGACUUUGACAGCGGAGGCAAGCGGAGGCCUAAGGGGGAAGGGUGUAGAGGACCCUCUCUCCAACUUCCACUCCCCGAGCUUCCUGAGGACGCCAGAGGUGGAAAUGAGAGGUUCUGAGGAUGUGGCAGCCGGAACAGUGUUACAGCGGCUGAUCCAGGAACAACUGCGCUAUGGCACCCCGACUGAGAACAUGAACCUGCUGGCCAUUCAGCACCAGGCCACAGGCAGUGCGGGGCCAGCCCACGCCACCAACAACUUUUCUUCCACGGAAACCCUCACUCAAGAAGACCCACAAAUGGUCUACCAGUCGGCCCGCCAAGAACCGCAGGGUCAAGAGCACCAGGGGGACAACACGGUGAUGGAGAAGCAGGUCCGGUCCACACAGCCUCAACAGAACAACGAGGAACUGCCCACGUACGAGGAGGCCAAGGCCCAGUCGCAGUUCUUCAGGGGACAGCAGCAGCAGCAGCAGCAGCAGCCACAGCCACAGCAGCAGCAGCAGCAGCAGCAACAGCAGCAGCAGGGACAAGGGCCCCUCAGCCACACUUACUACAUGGCUGGAGGUACCAGCCAGAAGUCCCGCACAGAGGGGAGGCCAACGGUGAACCGGGCCAACAGUGGACAGGCACAUAAGGAUGAGGCCCUGAAAGAGCUGAAGCAGGGCCACGUCCGAUCCCUCAGUGAGAGGAUCAUGCAGCUGUCACUGGAGAGGAAUGGGGCUAAGCAACACCUCCCCAGCUCGGGAAAUGGAAAGAGCUUCAAAGCUGGAGCUGGGCCGUCCCCAGCCCAGCCUGCCUGCAAAGCGCUGGACCCCCGCGGCCCUCCACCUGAAUACCCCUUCAAGGCCAAGCCAAUGAUGUCCCCAGGCAGCAAGAACCAAGAUCACGGACUCUACUACAGUGACCAGCACCCUGGGGUACACCACGAGAUGGUCAAACCUUACCCAGCGCCUCAGCCUGCGAGAACAGAAGUGGCCGUCCUGAGGUAUCAGCCGCCCCCGGAGUACGGGGUCACCAGCCGCCCAUGCCAGCUGCCUUUUCCGUCCACGGUGCAGCAGCAUAGUCCCAUGUCCUCUCAGACUUCCUCUGUCAGUGGGCCUCUGCACUCCGUCUCCCUGCCUCUUCCACUUCCCAUGAGCCUGGCUGCUCCACAACCUCCACCAGCCUCCCCCAGUCAGCAGCUUGGACCAGAUGCCUUUGCAAUUGUGGAGCGAGCCCAGCAAAUGGUGGAGAUUCUCACAGAGGAGAACCGUGUGCUUCAUCAGGAGCUUCAGGGCUGCUAUGACAAUGCCGACAAGCUGCACAAGUUUGAGAAAGAGCUGCAGAGGAUUUCGGAGGCCUAUGAGAGCUUGGUCAAGUCUACCACGAAGCGCGAGUCUCUGGACAAAGCAAUGAGAAACAAGCUGGAAGGUGAGAUAAGGAGACUUCAUGACUUCAACAGAGACCUCCGAGAUCGACUGGAGACAGCCAACAGGCAGCUGUCCAGCAGGGACUAUGAUGGGCACGAAGACAAAGUUGCAGAAAGCCAUUAUGCGUCUCAGAACAAAGAAUUCUUGAAAGAAAAGGAAAAGUUGGAAAUGGAAUUGGCAGCAGUGCGGACUGCGAGCGAGGACCGUCGGCGGCAUAUUGAGAUCCUGGACCAGGCUUUGAGCAAUGCCCAGGCCAGAGUGGUCAAGCUGGAGGAAGAGCUACGAGAGAAACAAGCCUACGUGGAGAAGGUUGAAAAGCUGCAGCAGGCCCUGACGCAGCUGCAGUCAGCAUGCGAGAAGCGAGAGCAGAUGGAGCGCAGGCUUCGGACGUGGCUGGAGCGGGAGCUGGACGCACUGAGGACACAGCAGAAACAUGGAAACGGCCAGCCAGCCAGUCUCCCAGAAUAUAAUGCUCCUGCCCUCAUGGAGCUUGUGCGGGAGAAGGAGGAGCGGAUCCUAGCCUUGGAGGCCGACAUGACCAAGUGGGAGCAGAAGUACCUGGAAGAAAGCACCAUCCGGCACUUUGCCAUGAAUGCCGCUGCCGCUGCCACCGCUGAGAGGGACACCACCAUCAUCAACCACUCGAGGAACGGAAGCUAUGGCGAGAGCUCACUGGAGGCCCACAUCUGGCCAGAGGAUGAGGAGGUGGUGCAGGCCAACAGGAGGUGUCAGGACAUGGAGUACACUAUUAAAAACCUCCAUGCCAAAAUCAUAGAAAAGGAUGCCAUGAUAAAGGUCCUUCAGCAACGAUCCCGGAAGGAUGCUGGGAAGACGGAUUCUUCCAGCCUGCGGCCCGCUCGCUCUGUCCCAUCCAUUGCUGCAGCCACCGGGACACAUUCCCGACAGACAUCACUUACCAGCAGCCAGCUGGUGGAGGAGAAAAAGGAAGAGAAAUCCUGGAAGGGCAGUAUAGGAUUCCUUCUGGGGAAGGAAAAUCCGGGACAGGCUUCUGCUCCUCUGCUGCCGACCACAUCCGCCUCUGUGCUGUCCCCUCCGGCUCCCACCACAUCGGCCAGCAGCACCCACGCCAAGACAGGCAGCAAGGACAGCAGCACGCAGACCGACAAGAGCACUGAGCUCUUCUGGCCCAGCAUGGCUUCCCUCCCCAGUCGCGGCAGGCUGAGUACCGCCCCUUCCAACAGCCCCAUUCUGAAACAUCCAACUGCCAAAGGGAGCGUGGAGAAACUGGAGAACUCUCCUGGUCACGGGAAGUCGCCAGACCACAGAGGCCGAGUCAGCAGCUUGUUGCACAAGCCUGAGUUCCCGGAUGGAGAGAUGAUGGAAGUGCUCAUCUAACCAUCAUCCUGUGGAGCGUCACACCAGCAUGCUGACAGAUGAGAGAAGAGGCUGAAAGAAAAGGCCUAGAUGGUAGCAACCGCAAAACCAGGACGGGCAUGGACCCCUCAUAAUGUUACCAAAACAGAUGGCUCACAUGAUUGCAGAGAGAGUGAAAGAAGAUGCAGCAGAGUUGAGAAGAAUUAGGAAUGGAAUUGCCCAUUAUAGAGAAAUUGUAUGUCUUAGGGAAGCUCCGUGCUUCCCCCUUUCUUGGCUUAUACACAGAUGAAGAAGAGUUGGGCCUUCCUUGGAAUCACCUUGUUUCCUUUGCCUCUUAGCAGGUUUGGUUUAAGAAGAAUUUGCUAGAAAUCCUAAAAGCCCAUCUUGGGUGUGUGUGUGUGUGUGUGUGUGUGUGUGUGUGUGUGUGUGCGCGUGCGUGCGCGCGCGCGCGCGCGCGCGCGCGUAUACAUGUGCACCUGCCCUUAGCAGGUGCAUCCAAAGUAAUGGGGAAUUCCACAGACAAGUUUUGUUGAUACUUGGCUGUUCUGUUUAUGGUUUCAGAGAGUGUAAAGCUUUGCUUGUCUGGACUGAACGACAUUUUCUGAGCAAGAUGGGAGCAUGAUGACCUUGGUCCUCAUCUACCUUAACUUCUUUGAGGUUAUCUCUGUCUCUACUCAUUAUUUUGUUGUUGUAUUUUUUUUUCUUUCUGUUUAAUGAGAUAUAGCAGUUUCUUAUGUGUGGGCCUUAGGAGACUGUCAUCCUUGCUGUGGUACCCAGUUGGACAGAGCCUCAUGCUGCUUCCCCUGCCUUCGCUUAACUGCUAGCUGAACUGCAGCUGUUAAUCUCACGGUGACCAGGGAAACCUGGAUGAGGAGCAGGAGUCCUGAGUCACUGACAUCACUUCAUGCCUCUGAUUUGAUUCCCACCCACAUCCACUCUUUUGCAAGGAGCUCAACAGUUACAGCCCAUUGCCCUAUUGAGAAGACUUCCCUGUGAACAGGUGCCACAGGAACUUGAUAAUGGUUUGCUCUGAGCUCUCUAAAUAGCAUCCAAGAUCUCACCAGGUAUCCUGGGCCACUUUCUUGUAUUUGAAGCUCUCAGGUCUGUUCAUUGCUCUCUCCUGCCCCAUUCUGCCCUGGUUGCUGUUGGCAAGUGCAGUGCGCCUUCCCUGAUCAUUUCUUUUUGUCCUUUCUUUUUCUUUCUUUCAUUCCUUCUUUCUCUUUCUUUCUUUCUUUCUUUCUUUCUUUCUUUCUUUUCCUUCCUUCCUUCCUCUUUUCCUUUCCUUUCCUUUCCUUUCCUUUCCUGUGCACUUGCUCUGUAGCCCAUCAGAAUGGUAGAUACACAGUGUGGUCAGUGUUGUACAAGGAACACAACUUACCCAGAGUGAGGCAGCAAUGUCAUGGAAAUGAGCUACUGUGAGAGAGGCAAGGACCUAAGGCUGCUGCCAUAAUGAGGUCUCAUAUACUUUACUGUGGGCAGUGGCUUCCUGGAGAGCACAGGAGAAGCUGCCCAGGGUACAGAAGGCCCCUCAGGCGCCUGCACUAUCCCCAGCUCAGGAUCUGUUUUCCAAGUCCCUCUUCUCAUCACUUUUGAGCCCCUCUUAAAUGCAAUCCUGAAGAUGGCUCUGCCCAGGGAGCUCCCCUUGAGUCAGCUGUCCCAGGAGCUGUUCCUAGGGUGAAAUUAUGGCCUCCCGAGUUGGGGUAGUACAUGGAUUAUGAGAGGUAUAGCCUGGAGAACAGAGGACAGGAGCAGAGAGGAGGGGAGAGGAGAGAGACCAGUGGUGUUGCCCUCUAGGACCCUGGACCGUCUGACAGGACAGAGCUGGGGCUGGCCUCCCCAAGCAUGACUUGGCAGGGGACACCAGGCUGCACAGCCACCCCUUACAUCUGCCUGCCUCAUAUCUUGCAGCCUGAGAACUGAGCUUGCCCUGUGUGCCCUGUGCACACCGUGGGGAAGUAGAGUGAGAAGAUGGCACAAGAGAUCCUGCCAGUUGAGAAGGGCCUGAAAGAUGGAAGCAGGUGGAGGUAGGGACCAUUUUUGGAUAGGGCAUGGGAGCUGAGUUGAUCAUGACUCAGUCUCUUAAGAGCUUAUUAUCUCUAAUUAAUGUUGGGGACAAACCAGAAAGGAAAGUGUAUAGAGAUGGGGAAUUAGUAAGGUCUUCCAGCCCUGCGGCCAUGUCUGAGCCACCCUAAACUUGGGCUCUCUCCCAGCACAGGGGUGAGGCACUACCCAGUUUAUUCAAAGUCUAGUCUGAGUGUUAAGUCUAGUCUGAGUGUUCCAGCCACAUUGCACACUUGGGCAGAAGGUCUCCUGAUCCAGCAUUCCCCUCCCCACACUCCCUGCACUGUCAGUAUUUCACUUGUCAGAACACAAAGAGGACACAGACAGUGACCAGGUUAUCAAGUACAUGUAUACUGUAGCUAUUGUCCAAGACCCCAUGUUGAGAGAGUGGUCUUUCCGUCCUUGUAAUCUUCUUGAAACGUACAGGACAAAGGAGCUGCAGGCACUCAGCAGCCGUGAAUGUGCUCUGGGGAAUUCACAGGAUCUGAUCUCAUUUGAUACUAAGAACAGCAGCACUACAUAGGUAUUUUAGUUCUGACAGUGUGGAAGGCCUAGAAAAAGAACCUCGUAACUGGUCCUUGAAGUACCAGGGAAAGAAGGCCAGGUUGACUCUCUUGAUUGCUCAGACGAAGGAACUAGCCCCAUGAUGGGUACGGCCCAUCUCCAAGCUUUCACCCCAGAUGCUAGGACUUAAAGCAAAGACUCAGAAGAGGGGCCUCAAGCCCAGGCUGCACGGCCUUGAACAUGAUAAGAACCCAGGAGCUAUGUCUGGCUGCUCCGUGGCCCCACUUAUGAUACUUGUGUGCACACGCAGAGAAUCUGCCACACCUCCUGGGGCCUGAGAACAGGACGAAGCCCAAACCUUAUACAACUGCCAAACCACGCCACUACGCUUUUGUGUUCUGUUAGAAGCACAACUACAAAGCAGAUGAAAGAAAUAAUAAAGUCCUUCCUCAUAGUGUAGAAGUCUAGUCUUCAGGUCUCCUGGGAGCAUUUGGUCAUAGAACUUGAGGGUCUUAUAUCAGGAUAAAGGGUAAGGCCUUGGCAUUUAGUGAUGAUUGGCCAAUCUCCUGCUUUGUCCUUGGAGUGGCCAGUGUGGUGAUGCCCGCGUACCUCCAGGUAUCACGUGGGACAGGAGAAGUGUUGAGGUCAUGUCUCUACCACUGUGGUUUCCGUAAGUAGAUCCUUCUAUAUGUAAGAAUUAUUCCUGUCUGAGAGUUCAUCACGCUAAGCUGCCAAGAAAAACACAUUCAUUUGCAAAGAACUAAGAAUGUUUGCUGAACUCCUGGCAGGCAUUGUUCCCUGUUUCCCAGAGGCUGGUGACCAGCUCCUGUGGAGUGUUCAGCGAGUCCCCACCAUGUCUCAAGGGGGCUGCACUCUUCUACCCCCAGCUUUCCUUAGGGGUGGAGACAAGGAAUGGUGGGAGCAGUUUUCUACAGUCCCACAAAGGAGCCCAUGCGUGAGUCUUGACCUUUUGUUUUGAGUGGGUUUUGAGACAGUUGCUCCAAGUGAGUUCUGGCCUCAGAACAGAGGAUCCAGCAAUUCCUACACUCGGGAAAGAAACUCCGUGUCCCCCGCAGACAGGCAAGACCUGACCUGUUGGCUCUCUCUCCUGCGUGGCCUCAGCCAGCUGCACACACUUAAGACAGGGCUGAAGCUGCUCCUCCCUGAGACCUGCCAUGAGUCCUAGAGACUUUCGUGAACAACCAGCUGAGGCUGAUGACCAAGAGGCAGCGAGGAUGACAGUGACGCUCAUGGGGUUUCCAGGAUGGUCACUCGUGUGCAGGCUGCAGAGGGCUGUGCUAAGUGGGAGGGUACGUUCUCCAAACACAAGAAUGCCUGCGCCGGCACGAGUGGGGCGUGUUUUUCUGUGUUUUCCAGAUGAUCUUAACCCCCUCUUAGCAAAGGAGUUUGUGCAUGUUGGAAGCAAGAGCUGACAAAUGUGCUUAAACGGUAAAGCCAGAGAAAGGCCAGCCCCAGUAACUUCCCUAAGGGCUGAGUCAGCCACAGUCUCGGAGUGUACGUGUUGGCCGUCUUCUAUUUUUGUAAAUUAAUCAGUGUGUUUUAAAUGUCAUCAGUUGAUGUGAGGAUUGUCUAAGGCAUUUGCCUGUGGUGUGGCUCCAUGGGAGACUGGCUGUGUAAUAAGAAACCCAAGAAGCCAGUCAUCCAGGGUGCACAGGCCAGCAUUCAGUGGCUUUCCUCCGGAAUGGGUGAGCACUCUUCUUCCCUCUCUUCAGUAGGAUGCCCCAUUCUUGUUUAGUAAUUUAGUGGCGGAUUAUAAUGCGUAUAUACAAGUGCAUACUUAUGAGGUAGCAUUUCUUUCCUUAAUAUCCAGAAAAUCCCACUGUUUCCCCAUGAGCAUUCUCCUCGGGAGGACUGCAGGGCUCCCCAAGUAAAAUGGUGGUUGACUCCUCUAGCAGAAUGGCCUCUGGGGUCUGGCGUGGUCCUCAAAUUCCCCUUGAGGUGAGAGGUCAUUGUCUUUUGAGAGUGGAUUGAAGUUGGGGAAAUAUCCCAGAUUGUUCACAGCACAAGUGAAUGAACUCAGAGGGCAUUAGUCAGAGUAAGAGUCCCAGGACCAUCGAGAUGACCCAGUAGGAAAGGCACUGUCACCAAGCCAAGACCUGGGCUCCAUCCCCAGGACACACUGGGUAGGAGAGGACCAACUCCUGCAAGUUGUCCACACACACACACACACACACACACACGUUUUAAAAGAAUAUCGAACAUGUAGGAAGAGUCAUUAGUAUCCGUGACCUCUAGGGCCUUUUUUCAAGCCCGGUUCUCUCGCCAGGCCUCGUGUGCGUGCACGCUGUCCCCCCCCCCCCCCCCAGUACACUGCAGAACUAAGUCCGUAUUCAUUAGUAUGAACACCCAGUAGGUAUUCUGUAAAAUGGAGAUAUACUUAAGUGCAUGUUGUGUGUGCCGUGACUGAGGUGUGUCCUUGUCGUGAGACUUUGCUUCUUUGCCGAGUUAAGACCCUGCCCUUCCCUCGAGACAGUAAAUAUACAGCAGUUUCUGGAAUCAGCUUCUCAAGUUUUGCCGCCUGUGUUGUGUUUACCUGUGACUUUGCCUGAGUGUCUGUUCUCACAUACACACCUGUAUUUAUUACAAAGCAGAACAGGGACAGGCUUAGCCGGAGUAUUUGUAUCUGAAUGUUUUUCGAGGAGGGACGGUGGAGCCUCCUCCUCAGUGAGGCACUGACAGAAUCUGUGUCAAAUUCUGUGAACUGGGGCCAACACGGGUACCAGCUUCAGCCUGACUGAGUGCCCUGGGGCCACUGCCCUCUCCACUGCCUUGUGUGUGUGCGUGCGUGUGGUUGUGUUUGUGGCCCUGUGCUGAGGGCAUGUGCCGCUCUUCCCAGCAGACCCUGGUAUCCAUGUGCAACCUUUGGCAUCUCCGUGUUACUGCACUGUAUUGUGAGGUGGUGCGCAGAUCGGAGCAGAUGGGUCUGUGCAGACUGGGGAGUCCCCAUAGUGAAUGUGGAUACUGUUGGUCAGCCAAAGAUUUUCCUAUUCUUUGCUGCUUAAACUUUGUGCCUUAAAAUUGUAAAUAAUAAAUGGGUAAAA